GCAGUGCAGCUUGAAAAGUGGCCCCGCCCACCAAUCGUCAUUGACGAAGAAGACAAACAAGGACUCAGGAAUCAGCUGUCAAAAAAGUAGCCCGUGUGAAGGAAAGCAUCGAAAGAGGUAUGGUUGAAGUGCCCUGAUUAACUGUGAGGUCUGAGUGAACACACCCGCCAAGAUGCCUGUGGUGUCCACCGGUGCCAAGGACCUCUAUUUGUGCACAUCGCUCGGUGACCUCAAUAAAAAAACUGAAGUUAAGCAAGACAAGAUAAGCACAAAAAACUAUGUUCAGAGUGCCUGCAAAAUCUUCCAGGCGGCAGAGGAGAGUCGUCUGGACAGAGAUGAGGAGAGAGCUUAUGUGCUUUACAUGAAGUAUCUAACAGUAUAUAAAAUUGUCAAGGCAAGACCAGACUUCAAGCAGCAGUCGGAGUACCUGACCAUGCUUGGGCCAAACAAUGUUAAGAAAGCCAUCGAAGAAGCUGAGAUACUCGCUGAAAGCCUCAAACUCAGGUAUGAGGAAGUUGAAGUAAGGAAAAAUCUGGAGGAGAAGGACAGACAAGAAGAGAAAAAAAGGGCGCAGGAAAUGGAGACGGAGAAAGAUGACAGUCAAAGCUCUCCCAAAUCCUCAACGGCAAACAAGGACACUAAUAAGGUAAAAGGAGAGGUGAACGACAUGAAGAAUACCUCUUCAAGAACUGCGGUGGUGGGUGCAAUCACAGCCGAGAAACUUUUCCACAUGAUGAAAGACCAAAUGAUUACUACAAUUGUCAUGGAUGCUCGAAGCCAGAGAGACUUUGUUGAGUCUCACAUUCAGGUCCCAUCACAGGCCUGCAUCAGCGUACCCGAAGAUGCCAUCCAUCCAGGAAUCACUGUGAAUGAAAUUGAAGAAAAUCUCCCUGAGGAGUCGAAAGAGCAGUGGAACAGGAGGGGAUCUGUGGACUAUUUAGUCCUGUUGGACUGGUUUAAUUCCGUGACUGAUCUGACCAUGGGCAUGACAUUGCAGAGCCUCAAAGAUGCUCUGUACAAGUGGGACGGUAUAACCAUCUUGCGCAGUGAGCCACUGGUGCUGGAGGGGGGCUAUGAGAGCUGGCUGCUAUAUUACCCAAUGUACACAACCAAUGCAAAAGUCCGCUCCCCUCGGCAGAACAUCAACAGUGGGAACGCCUCCGUGUCUCAGUUAAACCUAAGUUACCCAUCCCUCAAGGAAAUAAAACCUUCAGCACCACCUCAGCCAGAACCUGAGAUUCAACCCGAUUCUGUGGAACCCUCUGCUCCCCCACUCAUGAAUGGAGUGGCUCCACCUGAACCCCGGCCGGCCACGCCACCCAUGAGCACAGAGAGAAUGACAGACACUGUUGAUGCUCUUUUCUCGAAGCUGGAAGUAAGUAAGAAAGGACCAGUGAUAGACACGUCCAACCAUCCCUCUUCCUCAUCCAAGGCCCUCCCACAGUUUGACCGCACCAAGAAGCCACCCAGCCGCCUCUCAGACGAGCCUAAAGCGAGCCUAAAUGGACCAGACCAAGAAUCCAGCAAGAACACUCCAUAUGUCCCCGACCGCUCAGCCAAACCAGCCUUCACCACUACUUUGUCCGAAGAAGAACAAAGUCAGAUACACCUGGAGGCAGUGGCGUCGAUGGAGAAAGCCAGGCAAGAAAAGGAGAAACGCAUUCAAGAGCGUUUGCUAGAAGAGGACAGGCGGAGGAAGGAGCUGAAAGAAAGGCAAGUAAAGGAACAGAGUGAUAAGAAAAAGAAGGACGAAGAGGACAAAGGACAUCAAGACAAAAAAAGACUAGAGAGACAGAAGGCAGAGGAAGAGGAAGACAAAGAGAACCAGGGCUGCAAGGGAAGAGAACAGAUCCCUGAAGCACCCUCAAAGAGUAUGUCUCUCGACUCGCCUGCUCCUAAUCUUAUCAUCAGCGAGGUAAAGAGGGAGCCACUGACAAGAGCUCGAAGUGAGGAAAUGGGAAGGAGUGUCCCCGGUCUGCCAGUUGGUUGGAUGAAGUUCCUUGAUACUGUGACUGGAACCUUCCGAUAUUACCAUUCCCCAACCAACCGCGUCCACCUAUACCCACCUGAGGUGACUGUUCCAACGGCACCAGCAGUGGAGCAGAAACGGCCACAACCAGUAGUCCCACCUUCCAACGUAAAGAAAGAGCAGGAGCGGGAACAGUCCAAAUUAAAACGCUCCUACUCAUCCCCAGACAUCAGCCAGGACCUAAGAGAGGAGGCCCAGAAGAAGAGCUCUGCCCCAGUGGCUGCUCCUACAAUACCCACCUUCAAUAGAGAAACCAAACCUCCCAGUGUUAAAGUGUAUUCUAAAGUGGAGCUUGCACGACCUUCAGCAGCCAAAAUCCGCAAUUUGAAUCCAACGUUUGGAGGCCUGGGUGCGAGUUUGACUGGCCUUCGCAAUCUGGGCAACACUUGCUACAUGAAUUCCAUCUUGCAGUGUCUGUGCAACACACCUGCCAUGGCAGAGUACUUCAACAAUAAUUACUACCUGGAAGAUAUCAACAGGAGCAACAUUCUCGGCCAUAAAGGGGAAGUGGCGGAGGAAUUUGGCGUGAUCAUGAAGGCGCUGUGGGCCGGGCUGUACAGGUGUAUCAGUCCACGAGACUUUAAGAUCACCAUCGGAAAGAUCAAUGAUCAAUUUGCUGGCUAUGACCAGCAGGACUCCCAAGAGUUGCUGCUCUUUCUCAUGGACGGCCUCCAUGAGGACCUCAAUAAGGCGGAUAACAGAAAACGUUAUAAAGAAGAGGAAAACGACCACCUGGAUGAUCAGAUGGCGGCAGAUCAGGCCUGGGGCAAACACAAGCUGCUGAAUGAGUCCAUCAUUGUGGCACUCUUCCAGGGCCAGUUCAAGUCCACAGUGCAGUGUCAGACAUGCCACCGUAAGUCUCGAACUUUUGAGACCUUCAUGUACCUGUCGCUGCCUCUGGCUUCCACCAGCAAGUGCUCACUUCAGGAUUGUCUGAGGCUGUUCUCCAAGGAGGAGAGGCUGACGGAUAACAACAAGGUCUUCUGCAGACACUGCAAAUCUCACAGAGAUUCCACCAAGAAACUGGAGAUCUGGAAGGUCCCUCCAAUUCUCUUGGUGCACCUGAAGCGCUUCUCCUAUGAGGGCAGAUGGAAACAGAAGCUCCAGACAUCUGUCGACUUCCCUCUAGACGCUCUGGACCUGACCCAGUAUGUCAUUGGACCUAAGCAGAACCUGAAGAGAUAUAAUCUUUUUGGAGUAUCUAACCACUAUGGAGGUUUGGACGGUGGCCAUUACACUGCCUACUGUAAGAAUGCCUUCAAACAGCGUUGGUACAAGUUUGACGAUCAUGAGGUUUCUGAUAUCUCCACCUCCUCCGUCAAAUCUUCUGCCGCCUACAUUUUGUUUUACUCCACCCUGUGAUGGAGCCGCGGGACCUGAAGAAGAACACUGAAGAAGGUUGUCUUUUUUUCCCUUUUUCUUCUACAACGUGGCAGUUGUGGCCACCUGAUGGAGGAGCGCAUGUGUCCAUCCUAGAGCUCAUAGCUGAAGGAUGCCACUAGAGAACUGUGCAGCACAGGCACGCCGUGCAGUGCUUCAGCCACUAGAGGACCCUAUAGCUGUGAAAACAUGCCGGCUGCCCAUAUUUCUGAUCAUCUAUUCUAGAGACCAUGAGAGAUGCCAAUUUAAGACCACCCUGCGCUGUUUUCAUUGUAGGGCAGGCAGCUGCUUUGAUACUCCUUACUCAUUACUCGAGUGUGUAAACAGCAGGUUCGCACUUACAUAGCUUGUACGUAUUUAACAAAGCGGAUGUUGCACUUGUCCAAAUGUAAAUAUUGAAGAUGUUGUGUGACCAAUUUUUGUUGGAUCUUGCACCGCGGUCGUUGCAUUAGGGGUUGUAGUUGUCACUUUCUAAUGUUUAACAUGACCGGCAAAGGGGACCUCUCAUGCUUUUUUCCUCCCCGUCUUCCCUAUCAUACAGUUACAAGAAAAAGAAUGUGAACCCUUUAGAAUUAUGCUGUUGCAGAAUGUCAUUUUAGGCUACUGGAAGAGGAAAUUACAAGGUCUGUCAAGAAAGUUCCAGGACCGGUGACACACAAGCUACAACACACGUAAAGGUUUUGUACUGCAAAAAAAUGAGAACAAAAUAGAACCAUUAGAGUAGUGUGGCUCAUAACCUUUCCACCUUGAUUUUUUUUUCAAAAACGGCUUUUUGAGAGGGGAAGUAAAAAGAAACAAUUGAAAUAAUGUGGUUGCACAAGGUGGUCAUGAUCAAAAGAACACCGUACCGAAGAUAAAGUAUGGUGGUGGAGUCUGUGUUUUGGAGCUGAUUUUCUUCACCUGGAAUUGUGACCUUAGAUAAGGUGGUGGGAAUUUUGAACAUUACUAAAUAGCAGUCACUGUUAGCACAAAAACUUGGCUUCUGCUAGAAAGCAAAAAAAAAAAAAAUGCCAGCUAAGCCUUACUGCAUCAUCUGAAUUUUAUUUGGGGUUAAUCAGAGACCAUUUAAAUGUUGGCGAGUAUAUGCUGACUGGAGGCUGCUCACAAUGCCCAAAGCAUCUAACAAUUCCUUGCCUAGAAAACCACCACACUGGGGUAACCUCCCUAAUCUCUUGAACUGGUUUAGUUAUUCUUUUUUUCUUUUUCUUUUGGGUCUCCCACGUCCUCUUCCCCAAGCUCGAGGCUGUCAUAGAGAGGGCUUCAUUGUGAAAAUGUGGAACAGAGGGGAAAAUGUAGUUUUUGGGCUCAAAAUUCUUCUACAGUAUUGUGACACCAGUCUUGGAAUUUGUCUGACACGCCUAGUGCUUCAAAACUUUUAACAUUCUUUUCCAGCAGUACACUAAUGGGUUUACACAAUGUGGCAGCACAAGAUAAAUAGCGAUCAUUUCUCAACUGUGAAUCAUGCAAAUAUACUCUCGUGGCCUCCCAGAAUAGCUUGGUAUGAGCGUAAUAGGUCCUCUUUAAUGUGAUGGAAAAGACUGAGUAUUCACACUUUUGUAGUCCUGUAUUGAAGGAUAGAUGGGAACUGUGAUGGUUGCCUGUUCAUGUUAAGCAUAUUGUUGCUCUUGCACUGUAUGCAAUCAAAAGGAUGCUUAUCCAUCCACAUAGUUUAUCCAUGAAUACUCAACGUUGAAUGCUUUAAAUUGGCACAGAUUCAGAGAUCUGAUUGAUGCGGCCUUCUCCACCCCAACAUUAAUAGUGUGAAAGCUAUUUGCCAUUAAAUAUUACUGUCUGCAUUACAACA